GAGAGCUCUAGGCCGGAAGUCUCGAGGCGCGGCCGGAAGUGCCGUCGCUGUGGAGCCCGGGGUGCGCCGAGCCGCUGCCGAGGCCAUGGCGGAGACCGACCCCAAAACCGUGCAGGACCUCACGGCCGUGGUGCAGACAUUGCUUCAGCAAAUGCAGGACAAAUUUCAAACCAUGUCUGACCAAAUAAUUGGACGAAUCGAUGACAUGAGCUGCCGCAUAGAUGACCUGGAGAAAAACAUAGCAGACCUGAUGACACAAGCAGGAGUAGAAGAACUGGAAGGAGAGAACAAAGCCCCUGCUACUACUAACAAGAGUUAAGGUUGCCAAUAACUUAAGGUGAAUGCUGGACGACUUUGUUUUUUUCUACAAGCCCUUGGAAUUCACAGAACAGCUUUUUGCAACUACUGUGUGUAAAAGCAUUUUUAUAUUGUUACAGAGCUUGCAUUCUUAAUGUAUAUUGUAUAGCUAGGGAUAGGUUAGUUUAUAUUUCGAUUUGUGUACUGUAAUUUCACCUCUCAAAUUCUUGUUAUGAGGAUCAAUUAGUUGUUAUUAAAACACAGAUCUUACGGAUCUCAAUUACUGGGUGUAUUUUUUGUGUGUGUGAGGUCACUUUUUUCCCUCAUAUACUUUUUCUAAACAUCUCACUUUUGAUAGCUAAGCAGAUAGCGACUGCUGACCAGAGGAGAUCUUAAGUUGUCCUAUGUAACUUUGUGGAGUGAAGCACAAGUUUGAAAUCUGGCAUUAAUCUUAGGUCCAAGCAUCACUCUCUCGACUAGAGGAUGACUGUAUUGUUUUCUCCUCAUAAAUGUAAGUAAGGUGAUUUUGGAAACAUAAGACAUUGAAUAUCAAAGUCAUCUCAUGUUGAUAUUACCUUACCUAUGUGUUCCUAGAAUGUAAAACAAAUAUGUGUUUAACAGUAGAGACAUCUGUACACAGCAAAGCUACCACUGCCAUUCUGAACUGUUAGAGAGACAAAGAAUUCUCAAUUACAAAAAAAUCUCACAUGGGAUUCUGUCAUUUUUUUUUUAACACUGUAAAACUAUACUUUGAAACUGACAAUGUGUCACUUAGGAGCAUCUUGGAACAAUAAUAAUUAAAAUAUUGAUACUUUACAGAGUUGGAAUGGGAUUGUGGGAACUUCUGUACGUGAUCUUUCAGUUUAAGUCACUAAUCUGUUGUAUAAAACAAAGUUUGCUAAACAAAGCAACAAUAUAUU